AUGAACCUCCUCUCUACCCUCCUCUUCGCAGCCGCGGCCUCCGCCAGCCCCCUCGAGAAGCUCUUCAACCUCGUCACUUCCGGCAGCGGUAGCAACAACGGACUCUACGUAACCACGGAGUCUAACGGUCCCCUAAACAGCAUCGCCGUGCUGAGCGACAAGGCCGACGCCGCGACCUUCUACGUGAACCACGGCACCGUACGCUAUCAGGCUCCCAAUGGCGCGCCUUAUGCCAUGGCUCUCGUUUCUGGGUCCGACGCUCAGGAACCCGUGGAAGUUAGCGUGAGUCCGUCUUCGGGGAGCUCGGGCUUCAAGGUUGCGGAUAAUGGGGUUUUGUCUGUUGAGGGUCAGAACUGGGGUGGUUGGUUGGUUUGUGAUGGCGAUAGCGAGCCGGCUCUGGAGUACGUUAACACUCAGUCUACGGCUGAUUUAAAAGAGGGAUGUGAGAAGGUGCAGCUGCAUGCUGUCGUUGAGACUUCUUCCUAG